AUGAAGAUUCUAACUUUUUCUUUCGUUUUUGCUUCCUUAGGAAGUGCUUGCUGGUGGGUAGAUGACGAUGACGACGAGACCACCACAACAAGACGCACUACAACAACUCGGCGAAUAACAACGACAACACCAACAACAACAACAACAACAACAACGACUUCCUCAACAACAUCAGCAGCUGCGUACGAGACAACAAGCAGCGAUUUAUCUGCCUCAUGGGAUGAAGCAAAGGAAAUGUGCGAAGAUGUCGGCGGAGAAUUGUCCUAUUUUAAUAAUGCGACAGAGUAUGACAUGUGGAAAUCUCAGCUUGGCCUUGGCCCAGAUCAAAAGUAUUCUAUGUUUUGGUUAGGAAUUAUGGCUACAAACGACACUGUAUACACAACAGAUGACGUUGAAUAUGAUUAUAUAAACUCCGCAGGCAAUAAACAAGAGUAUAUCACACCAUCGCCGCAUUUUGAUUCUACUCCAGGCUAUGACUGUAUAGUUAUCUACACCGAUGCAGUAACAUUCGAUCAUGAUUGCAAAUGGGAGAAACAAUUUACAUGUCGAUUUGAUUAUUGCUCGUACAAUGGAGAAGGACAUCACUUCAUUUUCGAGAAUUAG